ACUGCCAGAACCGUGGUCGAGAGUCGAGAGUGGAGUGGAGUGGUACUGGUACAUGUCUCGAUCGUCAUCUUGAAACGCUCGCAAUUUAUCGCCAAUGGCAAUAUGAGACGCCAAAACGUCAGUUCGUGCGAUUUGAUGGAGAAAGUAAAUGUAGACUAGGCCUACUUCAACUAUAUAGGUGUUCCAUGAUCUGAUUGAUUUUUCUUUUACAAAGAAAGAGGACAACUGCUUUCGCUGACAUGGAAAAGAAGGGUUCUAAACGCGCCAUUAGAGUAAAAAUCAUCAGCAUGGGGAACGCAGAAACAGGAAAGAGUUGCAUCAUCAAAAGAUACUGUGAGAAAAGGUUUGUGAGCAAGUACUUGGCCACUAUUGGAAUUGAUUACGGUGUCACAAAAGUGACUGUAAAAGAGAGAGAUCUGAAAGUGAAUAUCUUUGACAUGGCUGGACAUCCUAUAUUUUACGAGGUUAGAAAUGAGUUUUAUAAGGACACACAGGGUGCUCUACUGGUUUAUGAUGUUGCAUCCAGGUCAAGUUUUGAAGCUUUAGAUUCCUGGCUGGCUGAGAUGAAGAGAGAGAUGGCUGACUUGACUGAGAUGGAAAGGGUUGUCUUCUGUGUCUGUGCAAACAAGACUGAUAAGAGUAUGCAACGUGUUGUUGAUGAGACCGAAGGAAGACUAUGGGCAGACAGUAAGGGUUUCCGUUACUUUGAGACAUCAGCACUCACAGGGGAUGGAGUCUCAGAGAUGUUCACCGCUCUAUACCAGGGGCUUCUGACAGCAUUUGAGAAUGGAGGUCGAGCAGAACGUAUCACGACCACUUUAGGUUACACCAAAGAGCAAGUUGAGGCAAUACAGAGGCUGAAGACAAGCAAAAAUAAUUUUGAGAGGCUGGGAUUGCCCCAUAAUGCAUCAAAGGAUGAUGUGAACAGAGCUUACAGGAGAUUGGCUAUACUGCUUCACCCUGAUAAGAAUGUAGCACCAGGAAGUGAGGAAGCUUUCAAGAUCCUAGUAGCUGCCAGAACAGAUCUUCUCAAACACAGAUAGUCAUCAUUUAACCAAAAAAGACUCAGAUUACUUAUUGCGGUUUUCAUGAACAUGGUGUAAUCAGGGUAAUAAUAUUGGAGCAAGCUUUACUGGGAAACUUACACUUUGACUUGAGGAAACUAUUUAUGUGACAACAAUGUUUUGUGAAUAUGUGAUGUGCACACUCUCAUAUGGAACAUUGAUGAGUAUUAUGAAAUAGUGUGGGCCUUUGGAUGGCCUUGAAGUCAUUUUCAACCUAAAGUUGAAGCUAACAGCUUGAGAAACUUCAUCCUUAAACUUCGUCAGUGUCUUGGGCACUGAAGGUUCCAGAACAAUUCACAAAUCAAAGAUCUUCCCGAAGCGAAAACUUGUCACCAGCACAUUUAUCUACACUUUUUUUUGGACUUAAUUAUUAAGAAAGCUUGUGGAAUAUGGAUUAUUUGGAAGUGACUUCAACUGGAAAACAAGCUUGAACAUACUGUAUGACUUUGGGCACUCCCUUUUGCAGUAUUCAAUAUUUUCCUGAUCAAAACAUCUCUUUGAAAUCUUAAGAGGAAAAUAGCCAUGAGAAUAAAAAUGAGAUGAAUAAUAAUAGAUCUAAAGAAAUUGAUGCACAAAGAAAGUAGAAAGUGAAUUAAAGAAAAAUUAUGUUCUUUUUGUUGGCAGAGGGUUGACCUUAUGAAUUCUUGAAUUUCAAUGUUAUGUACUAGUUUUCAACAAGAUUAUUCAUUGGAGGUCAGGAUUAUAAAAGAUAUGAUACUCUAGGCAUUUUGACAAUUAGGAUAUCAGGCUCUUGUGUCUUAGACAAGGUGUGGGGUGGGAGUUGGAGUCCAAUCUACCGGUAUUCUUUCUGGUCUCAAGUAAUUUUUGUUUUCUUUCAAAUUUUGUAUGUAAGACAUAAUAAUUUUACAUUUUGGAUUGUAGGGCUUUGUCUUUUCAACAUGCAAUGAUAUUUUGUAGGGCCCUGUUCUUUAAGUAUUUGAAUACUAGUAUUCUAUUGUUUUUAUAAUGAAUGGUCUUAGCAGCAGUAGAAAAUCUGCUCUGUGGAUGAUGUGUUCCUGGGUUUCCUGAAGGGAUGGUUUAUCAUUUGCUCCGACAAGGCUCGCUAUGACUACAAGCUUUUAAAUCUGUACUAUUUUUUAGGAUUGAAGGUACAUCUGCUUAGGAAAAAAAACAUGUCAGGAAAGUUUUGUCUAAGGAAGGAUGUUUUAUAUUUUGUUCAUUUUAAGUAAUGUGAUGCACAAUUUUUAAACUUAUAGAAUGCCUUGUGUGUGUUAGCAUGGACCCAUGGUAUUAGUAAGCAGUGGGGUUUAGGGGGGGUACACUCUAUUUUUCUUAUAUGAGCAAAGAAAGGCCAACGGUUUGAUGAAUUUGAGAACAUUUUGAAUUCAUUUUGUCUGACGAUGACACACAGAAAAUCAAGAGAGAGGGAGAAGGGCACCCUCCAUCUUUUUUUUUUCUAAGCAUAAAAAGAGAAUGCACAGAACAUGAUUAUGUGUCAUUGAUCAAAGCUUUGGAGGAAAAUAACUUUCAUCAUCAAGAUGUUGGGCAGUACAUGUAGCUUGGCACCUCAUCAAAAUGGUACCAUCAAUUCAUCCAAAUCGAAGUGUCCAUAUACUACCAAAUAAUUAUAACUUUAAGAAAUUACAUACUAUAUUAUUUUCAAUCAGGAUUUAUUGAAACCUUGACAUGUUUGCUUCAAGGUUUCCCACCUCCCUCUCUCUCUCCCUCUUGCACAAACACACAAUCUCCCCUUUUCAUUCCUACUGUAUUUUGAUAUAAUUUAUUUAUUUUAAUACCUUGAAUGUAGGCAUUUACUGAAGAAUUCUGUCUGGAACACUUUUUAUUAUUUGGAUGCUGUUUUGCAUAAAGUACUAUUCAAUCCUGAUAAUCCAUAAAUCCAUUGUCAUAGAAGAUACUUGUUAAAUUAUAAUUUUGAAAAUUGAAAUGUAUGUGACUGUACUGUUGAACUUGACUUGUGAUAGAUUUCAAAGCAUUCCGUCCUUGUUACCAAUGCCCUAUUGAUGUGAUAACAUGCCGUCCUGUGAAGCAGCUGAGAAGAAAUAAAGAGACAGCCUAUGCUUCAUUAAACUAGAAACAACUUCUUCUCUAUGACCAAUCUACUCUCCACCAAUCAAAUCUAUCGAGAUCAGAAGCUUUUAACAUUAAUCAUUCAUAUUAUUUAUAUAAAGUUUUGUGAGACAAGGCUCACGGUGCUUUGAUUUGAUUUUAGUAUGCAAUGUGUAAAUAAUAAUUUUAUGUAUAUUUUGCAAUAGUGUGAUGUAUGCAUUGAUUAGUAAAACGCCUCUUGGGUUUUUUUUAUCAAAGCAUGAUGUUUUAAUUUGUAAAGUGAAUUUUAUCAAUUUCAAGUGAUAUUUUUUAUAUCUCAAUGUUAGAGGCUGGCUUUAAAAUAUUGAGAUUUUACCCAAAAAAUUAUUUCCACAUGCAAAGCCAUUCAAGACUUGCUGGAGGUUGUAUUUCAUACUGCAUUAAAUUCAGGAAUGCAUCUUAAUAUAUCAAAUUUAUUUUUGUUGUCCUGUGCUGUGAUAUUUGGUUCUUUCUCUUUAAUAGGAAUAUUAUCAUAAGCGGCAUAAUCAGGAACCUACAUGAUAUGCUAUUUAAUUUUAUUACAACAAUGUUUUGUAACAAAGUAGUUGAUAGAAUAUAACAGAUGGAAAUUAAAACUGUUAAAGGAGAAAUAGUAUAUGAUUGACAAAUGAAUUAAUCUUGUUUAGUUGACACUUGAAAACCUGUGGUCAUAUAUGUGUAGACCAAUAUAGUGGAUCAAUGCUCCCUACCCUUAAAAAAAAUUGUGUGUUUAAAUCCAUUUUUAACAAUAAUUGUAUUCAUAUUUAUUUAUUCCUUUUCUUGGAACGGUAUCCAUGUAACAUAUUGAUAGUAUUUAGUAAAAUAUUUUAUCAAGUAGCAUUUUUGUAAUUGAAUUUUCUACUGUAGAAUUUGUUGUCUCCUGAAUGAAUUAUGAAUAUGCAUUUACAAUAUUGUCUCUUCAUAUUUAACAUAAUUAUUUUCAUAAUACCGUCCUUCCCAUACUUUCAGAUCAAGCUCAAAAGCAUUGUUCAUUGUGCCUUUCAUCUCAACUAAGUCAUACGGUGAACAUUCUUUUUCACACGCCUCUGCUACUUUGUGGAAUGCACUUCCUGAUUCCAUGAGAUACCAAAGUAACUUAGAUAAGUUCAAAGUUUCUCUUUUAAGAUAUACUUAUUCAUUUCAACACUUAAAUAAUUUUUUCCAGUAAACUCAGUGUCCAAUAAUGAAUUGUAUGUACAUGUCCGUUUCAUGUCUCCUAGCAAUUUUUUCUUAAUUUAUACUUUUAAUAUACUUUUAGCGUGUAUGGACAUGCAAUCUGCUAUGUGUGAUGCGCUAUAAAUGAACCAAGUAUUAUUAUUACUUACAUGUACUGAUAUAUGUUUAUAGAUAAAUUAGAAUAAAGGUACAUGUAUUUAAACAAAUAACCAUAA